AUGUCACGUAAUCGAUGUCGUUGUGCACGUCUUCCAGUUCUGAGAAUUCCAGCGACAGAUGAAGAUCUUCCACAACUUCCAGAUGAGAUCGUAGAGCUUAUUGUAUCAAAAGUUCUUCCAACAGAGAUAGUUGCUUACGGAUGGGAUCAAGUGAGUCGGUCGUUCGGAACAUUUGUUCAUCGUCAUCUCUGCUCGAAGACAUAUUUCUGUGCUCACCAUGAUCCUCUUUGGGAUUUGUAUAAAACGACACGUAAUACUUAUGAUCUUGAAAAGUUUGAUAAACUGUUGGUUCUUCUGAUCAAAAAGUAUCUGUGUCAAGUGGAGGAUAUCGUCCUUCCAGUAGCAUUGUUCUCUCAUAUCCAACAUCUCCUUGAACAAAACUCAUAUCUUGCUGCCACCAGUGGUACGGCAUGCAGUUUCCGUCAUCCUCAACCGGGAGUCGCCUUCUCGAAUCUCUCAAAACUAACCAUCCAAAUCGGAGGAGAGUGUGGUGGUCUGACUUUAUCCCACAAUUUCGAAAAUUUGAAAACGUCUUCUUCACUGUGUAAAACCCUUCAUGAAAUCAAUUUGGAUAUAGUUCUAUCCGAUAAUGAAGAUGUCACUUGUGCCGGAUUUCGAGAGUUUCUCAGGUUCUUGAAAGAGAUUUCAUGUGUUUCGACCCUUUGGAAUAUCCGAUUGACUGACAACACGACAUCCGGACAAGGAUGGUCUGGGCCGGCGAAUUUGAAUAGAUAUCGGAAUAAAAUGUUCAUUUGUUAUAUAAGGACAAUGCUGGAUUUAUCAUUACAAAUUAAUCAAUUGGAGUUGGUGGAUAAAAGAAAAGCCUCUCCGUAUAUGUUGGUGAUGGCACACGGAAGAAGGACAAUUUAUAUGUUUCCAGAGUUUAAGAGAUGUCGAAGUUUGGUAAUUUGCUAUGACAUUGGUUUGAUCGCUCCAGUUUUCAGUCACGAGAAUGAUCAUUUUGAUGACUUGUUGCACUUUGAGGUCGAUGAAUCUCAUGUUCUUUAUAAAGCUGACCUUCUGGAAUAUUUAAAAUCGGCUCAUGAGCUUCGCGAAGUCAAAGUAGUCAUCCCAUCCACGUUCCACUCACGUGUUUCCCGGUGUACCGAAGGGUGUUUCUCUAACCCAGAUUUCGCUUGUUUCAGAGCCGAUGGAUGGUGUAGUGUUCCUGCGAAACUACCCGGUGCUCACUUCGAAAUUGUUUCAAACGAUGCACGUUCUCCAAUCAUGGCCUAG